AUGUAUUUUAGUGAACUUCUAGUGAAUUUCACGGGGCAGAAUGUGGAGGAGUUUACCAUCACAGGCUUCGACCACCUCUCCCACCAGAAGCUCCUGGGCUUCCUCAUCUUCAUCACUUAUUUCCUGGUGCUUCUGGGAAGCGGCACCAACAUCUGCAUCAUCGUGUCGGACAGACGGCUGCACACGCCCAUGUACCUCCUCGUCUGUAACCUGGCCGUGGUGGACAUCAUGUUCACCACCAGCUCCAGCACCACCAUGAUCUCUGUACUGCUGGCCGAGGUCAAAACCAUCUCUUACUACUCCUGCAUAUCACGCAUGUACAUCUACCACCUGGGUGACAUCACAGAGUGUCUGGCCCUGUCCCUGAUGGCUUUGGACCGAACCAUCGCUAUCAGCACCCCUCUUAGGUACCACAGCAUCCUGACCAACCCACGAAUAUUUGUGUUAAUCAUAGCUUCCUGGUUCAUAGGUAUAAUGUGCUUAGGAAUUGAGCUUGCUUGGGCAGACUUUGACAGCCUUCCAUACUGCCAGCCCAUCAUUAGAUACGUCUUCUGUGACUACCCAGCCUUAAUCAGGGCUGCAUGUGUCAACCCUGAACCUUACUUCCUGUUUCCCACCAUUCUGUCUCUAUGGCUCAUCGCAGGCCAGUUUCCCUUAAUUCUACUGUCAUACGUGAAAAUCAUCUACACACUACUGAGACUUCCUAAAAAUGAGAGCAGAGCACAGGGGUUUAAUACCUGUAUUUGUCACAUCAUUGUGAUGUCGUGUUACUACGCUCCCAAGUUAGUCUCUGUGUUGUUGACGAGGAUAGGGCUGAGGCUGGAUCUGACGGAGCGUAAUGCCUCACUGAUUAUAGCCUCGCUGUUGCCUUCUCUAAUCAACCCUACAGUCUACUGUCUGAAGACCAAAAAGAUCAGGAUGAGACUGGUUCAGAUUCUGUCUAGAAAAAGAACUGCAUCGAUAAACUGUCAAAAAGGGUGA